AAAGCUGGUUUGUGUAUGUGUGCAGGGUUUUUUCAGAAUGAAUCUGCUUUCUUACGAGGUGAUUUAAGUCUGGUGUUACAGGCUAUGCUAAAACAGCCAGCAUCUUCCACAAACUUGCUAUUGAGAAUCAUGAGGGUGCUCUCUCUUGCCUGCCUGCUCAGCACACUCUGUGGAAUACAUGAGGCUGUAGUUCCUCAGAAUGACAAGAGAAGAAAUGAUAGGCCAAUCAUUGGUAUAUUGGCACAAGAGUUAAAAUAUCCUGAGCCGAAGCGUAAUUCCUACAUUGCUGCAUCUUAUGUCAAAACUCUGGAGGCUGCAGGAGCACGCGUCGUGCCUGUGAUGAUUAAUCGACCUGAGGAAGAAUACAGUCAGUUGUUCCACUCUAUUAAUGGUAUUCUUUUCCCGGGCGGAGCUGCAAACCUUCUGACAUCAGGAUAUGCUAAAGCAGCUCACAUCUUCUAUAAACUUGCUUUGGAGGCCAACUCCCGGGGUGAUUACUUUCCAGUGUGGGGUACUUGUCUGGGAUUUGAACAGCUGUUGGUCAUUACAAGUGGAGAAAAACUGCUUUGUCGGACUAACACCAGAGGAGUGUCCCUGCCACUGGAUUUUAAACAGGAUGCCACUCAAAGCAGACUCUUUAAAGAUUUCCCACCAGAAGUGAUGACAGCUCUGGCAACUGAAAACAUCACAGUGAAUUUUCAUAAGUGGAGCAUCUCCAUGGAGAAUUUCACAAAGAGCGAAGAGCUGAGAAACUUCUACAAAAUCUUAAGCACCAAUACAGAUGGGAACAUAGAGUUCAUUUCAACAAUGGAGGCAUACCAUUUUCCUGUGUAUGGAACCCAGUGGCAUCCGGAGAAAAAUGCCUUCGAGUGGAGUAGGAAAUACUACCCUCACACACAAUCUGCAAUCAAAACCACUUUCUACAUGGCAGACUUCUUUGUCAAUGAGGCGAAGAAGAACUCCCAUUCCUUUGCCAAUGAAGAGGAGGCAGUGAAACAUCUGAUCUACAACCACAAUCCAGUAUUCUCUGGUGCCUCUGGCUCCUCUUUCCAGCAAAUGUAUUACUUUGAGUAAACCACAGUAAAUGUAUAAUUACAUUUUUAUUAACAAAAUGUUACUGAAGCAUUUUUCUGUAUAUUUUACGUUUUCAAAUAGGCUAAUAGCAGAACUCCAUCACUUUGUGUUUCACUUGGGUAUGACUGUAAAAUGACUCAGAAACCAAUACAACAUGGGAAAGACAACAUACAAUACAAACUAGAUGAACCGCUGCCCAGUUCUGUUCUGCACAUUCUCUCCGCAAAUAUAAAUCAUGCUUGUCAAUUUGUUUCCAUCUCCUACUCCUAGCCUGGAAACAUCCAAACUCAUUCACGAAGUAAAUAGAGUCUGGUGACUCUCGAUUGGGAAACAUUUCCAACACUUGCAUCGCGGGGCACUAACUUUGAAAUCAUUGGUUCAGCCUUACCAAUCACAUUGAUCAGAGAUUCCUAACGUUACUUCCUACUUCGCCUAAUUUUACAAACUGACAAUAAA